AUGUGUCAAUCCCUCGAUUUAACGGCAAUCCCGGCCGAUGGAACGAAUUCUGGGAUCUGUUCAACGCAAUGGUAAAUAAUCGGAAGUUGGAGCCGUAUUUGAAGCUAUUUCAACUCCGAUCCUGCCUUGAAGGUGAGGCAAAGGCAGCCUCUUCUCACAUCGGAAAUUCCAACUGACUACGAAAUCGCUUGCAAACGCCUGAGUAAGCACGAAUCAUUCACUCCUUGUCGCAUGCUUAAUGAUUUCUCUUAUGAGGUGUCCUUGGGCCGGACCCAACCUCAGGCCAAGCCCUAG